AUGGCAGGAUUUCACUUGCCGGGUGACCCCUAUUUCCCCAACCAAAGGAAUGUUGGUUGGAUUGUGGAAAACCCGGAGGAAGAUUCUGAAGAGGAACCCAUGGAGGAUGAUGAACCCAUGGAGGAUGAAGAACCCAUGGAAGAGGAAGAAUCAGUAGAUGGUGAAGAAGAAGAAGAAGAAGAAGAAGAAGACUCAGAUGGAACCGAUUCGGAACCCGAAGUUUACAAUCCACACCCUGCCCAUGUUCCUCCACAACACUACCAGGGCCCGAUGCCCCAAUGGGCUGAAACUAUACAUUCAUGGAGCCGAGAGCAAGGUCAACGGCCUCCCUAUGGCAUGCAAUGGGAUUUCUACGAUCUCAGCAAAGGAGGGUCAGCCGACCGAGCCCUCCCUGUCAUAGUUCACCAUGUCACACGCCACGAAGAGCAAACAAGAGUUAACACCCGACAUCUCAUGGAAGUUGGUGCCACCAGCCAAGUCAACUCCGUUCGUAUUCGCUGGUUGGAUGAUGACCACGAUCGAACUCGAGACUGCACCGAGCUUCUUCGACGGGAGAUGGCCGCGACCCAAGCUGAAGUACAAGAACUCUGA